AUGUUCUUUGCCGCCUUUCUGUACGGACUGACACCCUUUCUCUUUAUGGCCUACAAUUGGUUCCAGGGGCAGAGACCGUUGGUAAAACUGCUGCCAUUCAAGCUAGCAUUACCCUUUGAUUCGCAGAAUUCCUUCUGUUUCGUUUUAACAACCAUAUUUUUAAACUACGCCUCCGCUCCUACCAUAACUUCACAAACGGGUAGUGAUGCACUGUUUAGUGGCGUUUGUCUUUACCUUUACGGACAGUUUCAAGCUAUCAAGCUGGAGGUGGAAGCUCUCUCUGCGACACUUGAUAAUAGCUUGUCGAAAGGUUCUUUUGCCGAAACGCGACGUAUAAAUAACGAACUAAGGCGCAUCAGCAAGCGACACCAAGAAAUUAUUGAUCUAGUAGCAGAAGUUCGGAGUGCGUUUACACCAAACGUUCUGCUUGUCUACACGGCUACAGCCAUCAUCAUGUGCAUCGUCUGCGUAGCAAUGCUUGUGGUACGCGAGCAGUACAUUAAAAAAAAGCACAUUUCGUUCUAAUGUAUGUCUUCCUCCGUUGCACAGGUAGAAGGAGUGUAUAAGCUAACCUACUUACCAUACGCAUUUGCCGAGUUAAUCUUGCUGUUUUUGUACUCGUACAGUGGUACAAUCAUCCGUGAUUCGAGUGAAGCCGUUCAAACGGUGGCGUACAAUUUCCCAUGGUAUCGAUUCGACCACAACACACGUCACCUUAUUCAAAUGAUGAUGAUUAGAGCGCAAUACGGAUCGAACGUUGACGUGCCGUUCUUCGAAACUUCUAUGGCAAGCUUUUCGGUAAUCGUUCGUACAGCUUCUUCAUACAUUACUUUAAUGAAAUCCUUCUUGUGA